AUGUCCACGCUCUCGUCCCCUCGCCCCUCAAUCGCCUCCUCUCGCGCCCACUCUCCCACUCCAGCCUCCUCCCGCCGACCCUCGCUCGACACCCUCAACACCAACGUCGGCGGCGGCCUCAGCGCCUCCUCAACGCCCUCCACCGCGCGGGCCGUCUCCCCCUCGCUACACACCCGACGCAACCGCGCCGCCCUCCGAGACUACUACAACCUGAAGCCGUCGGCCGCGGAAGGUCCCGGCGCGCGCCGCUCACGGAGCAUCCCCCGACACACCGACGCGGGCGACCUCUCUAACCCUUCUGUAGUCUCGACAGGCACGGAACUCGACAGCCCGGACUUUGAUCCGCAGCGGUAUGUGGAUCAUCUGCUGGCGACGUCGUCGUUGGCGACGGUGCUGAAGGCGGAGAACACCCUCGUCGGGGACAUCCGCACGCUGGACAGCGAGCGCAAGGCGCUCGUCUACGACAACUACUCCAAGCUGAUCCGCGCAGUCGAGACGAUCGGCAAAAUGCGUCGCAGUAUGGACGACCGCGGUGCGCCCCUGACCAUGACCAAGACGCUUGGGCCGGCGAUUGCGUUUGUCGCUGAGACGGCGGGGAGCUUGAUACAAGAGGGCGAGGAGCAGCGGCGGCGGAUCCAGGAGGCCAAGGCGACGGAUCAGUCCGGGCGAAGAAGGGAUGAGAAGGCCACGGUGCAAUGA